UUCAGUAAUGUGCCGGUCGCGUUUGUGGGGGGAUCUCGCUAGUCCAUUGGCUUGCUACGAUGCGUUAACGCGCUUAUUAAACACGUGGUAUCCUUUGACGUUUCAAUUAGUAACUCAUUGUUGACGUUUAUUGUUCGAAUUGGGUGGAAGAAACUACCUGUUUAGAUUGUUCGUGAAAAGAUCUUUAUGCCUUGCCUUUUUUUUUGUUGGAUGAAUGGAGAUGUCUUUGUUUCAGAUUCUGAUUAGGUAACAGAGAUAGAACGACCUGGCUCAACAAAACCAGAAGCUGCAAUGUUCAUCCAUCGCAGCACAAACUCUGGAUGCAUCCGAACAACAUCAUGGUGGAAUCAAACUAAACACCCAACCCUUCAAUGCUGCCAACCUCAACGGUCAACCACCAGUAGCACCACCUCGAAAAGCCAAACUCACCGCUCAAAAACCAGCUCAAUCUCAAUUAGAAGCUAGACUGGUCCAAAAACUGGACCAAAAACAACUUCAAGGCUACAUUAAGGACCAACAACAACAACCUCAAGGUUAUAUACACGACCACUACAGCCCAAAGUUAGAUAGAUCCAAAUUUGGCAAAUCAAGAUCGUUCGAAGUGUACACUGAGAACUCGCGUAAAAAGUGGAUUCGAGCAUACUUUGCUGCGUCUAGAUUUAAAAAAGAAGAAGAAGAAGUGAGGUGGAAUGAGGAUGUGCAAGUAAACGAAAGUAGCAAAUUAAAUUUGAGUGAUAACACCAAUUACAAUAGACGACUCAUCAAGGAGACUACCAGGGCUUCUAAUGUAAAUAAUUUAAUUCCCAACAGCGAUAAGCAAGAAUACACAACCAAAGCGAUAUCGACCAAAGAAAAACCACGGAAUCAUACAGAUAAGACUGGCGUUCACGUCGGAGAACAUAGAGUCAAAUCGAAGUACAGUCCACCGCCUGAAGUUAGCCUCGCUGGAUCCGAUUUUAGUGCUGAUUCGACGUACGAUUUAAAGACUAAUAAUAAAAACAAUAAGAAAUUGUUGAACUUUGAGUUUGAUAAGAGUUCAGUCGGCUACGGGAACGCGUUCAACAUGCUUCGAGUCGGUCUGAAGUUGAAGGAACGGUUUGUGUUGGGUUUGAGUGUUGUGGCUGUUCUUUUUACUCUUCUUCUUGUUAUCGAUAUCCAGAUGGACUAUGGUUAUGCGGGUAAUUAUGUGGUGCCUUCGCAUGGUAGAGUGAGAUACGCGAAUAGGGAGGAUGGACCAGAGGCUGCUUAUAAUAGUUUCAGGAAGAGGUUUUUGCAGAAGACUAACAGUGGCAGCGUCAACGCUUCCAAAGAGGCAGCCCAGCUGGAGCAAAAACCUUCAGAUGCUUUAGUCAAAGAUAAGAAACGUGUCAAGGACAACGAGAUAUCAGAAGAACAUGACGAUUUCUCCGACCUUGUGGAUUAUCUCUUGAUGGAGGAGAAAGAUCGAGAAAGAUACAGGGAGGAGCUUGGGAGGGAAUCCCACGUGCUUCAAAAGGACAAUGAAGGGGAUCUGGCAAGGAGCGAAAAUCCAACGAUAGCCGAACUGAAAAAUCUGGAUUUGGAACAUGCAAACUCCACAAUCAAUUCCUUCAUCUAUGAAAUCUCCCAACAUGAACUGUACACAGAGGAUAGCAAACAUGUGGAAAAACUGCUGCAACAGAUGGCUCUGGAACCUAUACAACACGUUUCACAGAAAAGCGGAGGAACUCAACUGAAAUUGAUUAUCCAAUAUCCAGGACAAUUCCAAGCUCUCUUCAAACCAAUGAGGUUCCCCAGGGAGCAGCAGACCCUACCCAAUCACUUCUACUUCACGGACUACGAGAGGCACAACGCGGAGAUUGCCGCUUUCCACUUGGACAGAUUACUAGGCUUCAGAAGGGCAAUGCCAGUGAUAGGAAGACUGAUCAAUAUAACCAAAGAUAUAUACGAAAAGGCUGAAGGUGAACUGUUGAAAACCUUCUUCAUAUCCCCUUCCGACAACGUUUGUUUCCAUGGAAAAUGUACAUAUUACUGCGAUACAUCCCAUGCCAUAUGCGGAAAUCCUGAUAUGCUCGAGGGUAGUUUUGCUGCGUAUCUGCCACCGCUGGAAUUCAUGGCCAGAAAAGUAUGGCGACAUCCUUGGAGGAGGUCCUAUCAUAAAAGGAAGAAAGCUCAAUGGGAAACAGAAGGAAAUUACUGUUUAUUAGUCAAGGAAAUCCCACCAUAUGAUCAAGGCAGAAGACUUUAUGAUCUCAUGGACAUGGCUGUCUUCGAUUUCCUUAUGGGAAAUAUGGAUCGUCAUCACUACGAAACUUUCAAAAUUUUCGGUAACGAUACCUUUCCUAUACAUUUGGACCAUGGGCGAGGAUUUGGAAAACCUUUCCACGACGAAAUAUCCAUCUUAGCUCCAAUAUUGCAGUGCUGUAUGCUCAGAGAAUCGACACUACAGAAACUUAUAAGAUUCCAUAACGGACCGAUUAAGCUGAGCGAGGCUAUGCGUCAAAGUAUGGCUAAGGACCCUCUCACACCUAUCCUAUGGGAACCCCAUCUGGUGGCCCUUGAUCGCAGAGUAGAAAUAAUCCUAAAAGGAAUGAGAGACUGCGUACAGAAAGGAAAAGAUCUAAACACAAUAGAGAAUACGUAGCAGAGCGUUGUGGUAUAAGUGAUAUAAGACAAUAUUAAAUUGUGAAAAUGGACAUCAAUCAAGAACUGAAAACUAAUUUUAAUUGUAUAUUAUCGCGUCUCAUUCAAGUGGGAAUAACCAAAGGAUAUAAAUAAAUAAAUAAUAUAAAUGUGAAAACCAUGUAUACCAAAACGCAUAAAAUAUCUCCAUUUCCAUUCGAUUAUGUUGGAAGAAUUUUAAUAAAUAUAUAUCGAAGCAUUGUUUCGGAAUUACAUCUUUUCUGAAAUAUUGAUGCAUGAAGUAUGUUACCUUGUUGUCAGAAUCUAUUCUGUAAAUAGUGAAAUCUAUGUAUAAAGUUACCAUUUUUGAAAAAUGUUUUACCUAAUGAAAUGAAUAAUAUGAAUUAUUUUCUGUGGAUGAAAUAAAAUGAUUUGUUUUCAA